GUGUGUGUGAUUUGAAUUCGAUUUGGAAGUAACUGAACUCUAAUUUAGGGAGAGUAUUCGAAUCCCAACACUUAACUGUUGCGUUUGCGGCAAAAAUCUAUGCCUACAAUUUGAUCUUUGAAGAGAAACAAGUUAUAUGUAGAUGGAUUCCUAAUUGCAGUUUUUAGCAUUUAAUUCUAUGGCCGCGUCUUUUGUUGAUGUUUCUUUAUUGCAUCACGACAAUUAUUGUACGAUUGUUAGCUUUUUGUUUAUUUAUCAUGGAAUUGAUUUUGUUUCCAUUUGUAAUGAACAGGGAAGUGGUGGUUACUCGCGAUCCAAUUUUCAAGUGGCUUCAUCGCCACCAUUUUUUUCGGGGUCUCCACCCUCCAGGGCCUCAAACCCUGUCAUCCAAGAUGAGCAGUUUGGAAACAGCAAUUUUAAUCCUUUAUCGCCUGCAAUUGAAGCAUCACCACCUCCACCUUCAUCAGCCCGCAAGAGUAGUGGUUGUGUGAGGGUGAGUUUUGGGCACAAGCCUGCUACAGUGAGGGUUGAAGGCUUCAACUGUCGUGGGAAUUGCAGCAUUUCUGCUUUUGCUUAAACAUUCUUCAAAUUCAAGAGGAAACUCAUAUCCGAAGAGGGAUUGGUUGAGUAACAUCAAUAACAAAACAAUGGGGAGAUUUUUGAGGUGGAAGGGAACAAUUUGUUUAGUAAUGUGUAUAUAGAGUUUGCCUGAAAAAAGAGGGUCAAUUUUUACACAGUUUUUGCGUCGAAUGAGUCCUUUUGUGUAUAUGUAAUGAGGUGAGAAAAUAAGAAACUGAAGGGGGAAAAGGGGCAAACAACCCUUUUCUGGGCUUCGUAGGAUUUUUUUUUCCUUUUUUUGUGGGCGACUUUCAUAGAGAGAAAAGAAGAGUUCGUCACUCUUCACCUUCAUUGUAAUUUAUUUCGAAGGCUUGGAGAAUGAUAAGUGUUUUGGGAUUUUAAGAAUUUCGAUUAUCUUUUAGACGUCUGCCUCUAUUGUGAAUAAUAAUGUUUGGUCAGUUGGGUUGUA